CUUCACCUCGCCGACCAUGGCUGACCCAUUCGCGCCGCGCACUAUGAAGCGCAAGAACGUCAAGGGCCUUGCUCUGACGCCGGCAGCGCCUCGCCCUCCGCCAACGGCCGACACGAGCAGACGCGGCUCAGAAGUUAACAAAGACGAGGCCGGCAAGGAGGAGCAGUUGGAGAUUGGUAUCGAGUACAAGCUCGACUUGAGGCCGGAGGAGCUUGAAGUCAUAAAAGAACUCGGGUCUGGCAAUGGUGGUACCGUUAGCAAAGUCAGGCAUCUGACGACGGGAACUGUCAUGGCUCGCAAGAUAAUACACGUCGAAGCCAAGAAAGAGAUGCGAAGGCGGAUCGUGCGGGAGCUCCAGAUUAUGCAUGGAUGCCACUCCGAACACAUUGUCACAUUCUAUGGCGCCUUUUUGAAUCACAACAACGAUGUCAUUAUGUGCAUGGAAUACAUGGAUGUUGGUGCGCUUGACCGAGUUUCGAGAGUCUUUGGCCCGAUUCGAGUGGACGUCUUGGGCAAGAUUGCAGAGGCAACCUUGGGCGGCCUGACCUACCUAUACAUCAAACACCACAUUAUGCACCGAGAUAUCAAGCCGUCGAACAUCCUCAUCAACUCCCGCGGCAACAUCAAGCUGUGUGAUUUCGGAGUGUCUGGCGAGCUCGUCAACUCCAUCGCCGACACCUUUGUCGGCACAUCAACCUACAUGGCGCCCGAGCGAAUUCAGGGUGAGAAGUACACUGUCAAGUCAGACGUCUGGAGUUUUGGCCUGACCAUCAUGGAGCUUGCCAUUGGUAAAUUCCCCUUCAACGCGAGCGAGCACAUUGACGAUGCCGAAUCAGCCCCGGCUGGCAUAUUGGAUCUGCUGCAGCAGAUUGUCAACGAGCCGGCGCCGAAGCUUCCCAAGAGCGACGCUUUCCCGAGCAUCUUGGAGGACAUGGUUCAGAAGUGCCUGUUCAAGGAGCCGGAGAAGCGACCCACCCCGCAGGAGCUAUAUGAACGGGACCCCUUUGUUCAGGCUGCCAAGAGGACCCCGGUGGACCUCAAGGAGUGGGCUGUUGGUCUCAUGGAGAGGGACAACCGCAAGUCUCAUCUUGUGCCCCAGCUCUCGCCCAGCGGCACCCACGAGCUGCUCCGAUCAAGCGACUCAUCGCCACAGUCGCGAAACGAAGAGGUGCCGCUCGACACCCCCGUCUUUGGCGACAUUCCCAUCGCCGGGGACCGGCUGUUCUCGCCCCGCGACCAAGCGGCUACACAAAACCGAUCACCCUCGCGAAACGGUGCUGCGACCAGCCGGACCGGCCAUCCGAGCCUCGCACCUCGGGGUGUCACCUCAAACCCGGCGUCUGGUUACUCUGACGGUUCCCACCACUCUUCCUCCAACCCGACCACCUUCAGUCUCCCAGUCCGACCAGCACCACCCACAAGCUCCUUUUCGCGGGAAGGACCGCAAAAGUCGGCGUCAGACGAGGCACGGGGUCAGAGCCGGAGGCAGGUCAAGACUUACGGGCUGCCCCCGAACCCUUCAUACGGCGUAUAG